AUGGCCUCGGCCUUGAGCGCACCCCGGGGGCCCAAGCCCAAGGGCGCCCAGCCCUCGCACUACCACGAGAGCUUUCUGGAGAAGAAGGGUCCCCGAGACCAGGACUACAAGAAAUUCUGGGCAGGUCUCCAGGGUCUCACUGUCUACUUCUACCACAGCAACCGGGACUUCCAGCACGUGGAAAAGUUAGACCUAAGCACAUUUGUGAAGCUCACAGAUGAGGGUCCCUGCGGGAACCCCAGAGACUCUGGCAUCAAUUUCAGCCUCACCCUCUGGAGCCAGGAGAUCAAGUUCAGGGUGGAAAGCCUGGAGUCCCGGGAGAUGUGGAAAGGCUUCAUCCUGACCGUGGUAGAGCUCCGCGUGCCGUCCCACCUAACCCUGCUGCCUGGACACCUGUACAUGAUGGCUGAGGUCCUGUCCAAAGAAGAGGCUCGACGUGCCCUGGAGAUGCCCUCGUGCUUCCUGAAGGUGAGCCGACUGGAGGCGCAGCUGCUCCUGGAGCGGUACCCCGAGUGCGGGAACCUCCUGUUGCGGCCCGGCGGGGACGGUGCGGGCGGCGUCUCGGUCUCCACGCGCCAGAUGCUGAACGGGGUUCCCGUCGUCCGGCACUACAAGGUGAAGCUCCAGGGACCCAAUUACGUGAUUGACGUGGAGGAGCCGUUCUCCUGCACCUCCCUGGAUGCAGUGGUCAACUAUUUCGUGUGGAACACCAAAAGGGCGCUGGUGCCCUUCCUGCUGGAAGAGGACUACGAGAAGGUGCUAGGCUAUGUGCAGGAGAACAAAGAGAAUGGCGAAAGUGUGUGGGUGGCGCCUGUUGUCCCUGCGACCCCUAACCCAGGCCCUCCAGCCCCUGCAGGUGGCCCUAGACAUCUGCCUCCCGCAUCCACUGUGACCAGCCAGGACAAGCGGCCGCCGGUACCUCCCCUGCAGACGCUACUGAACCAGCAAGAGGAUGAGAACUAUGUAAUCCCCAUCGGCGACGCCCCAGAUGUCAACUAUGAGAACGGACAUAUACUUUCUCUGAGUCAACUGGUCAUCACAAAGCCCAAGAAACUGGCAAAGGCUCAGACCAAGCUCCCGAAGCCGCCCACUGUGCCCAAGCCAGAGCCCAGAGGUCUUACCGGUGACCUGGCCCGGAAGCCAGCCAUCAGCUCGCCACAGGCUGUCUUCCCCACAACAGGGCUGGCAGGCGUGACAGCAGAGCUGGAAGAGAAACUGCAGAGGAGGCGGGCGCUGGAGCACUUGAGUGGGGCCCAAUGA